UGCUUCAUUUUAUACACGAAGAAGAAAAGCAUACUAACAGCUGUAAAUACACAGAGAGGGAAGCUAGCUAAAGUCUUUAGACAGCUACAGCGUAUUAGCUAUUAAACCAUAAAUGUAAUGUUUUUGGUCGGUGAAGAUGCAACCAGUAUGAAUAACAUACUGGUGUAACUGGACUAAAAGGCGUUUUGUUUUUACUGCCUUUACGGUUUUGUAUUUAGUCGUUAGCUAAUUAGCAUGCUAGUCAUCUAGCUAGCUGGACGUGUAGCUGAUUAAGCUUGCUAGCUGUCACCGGGUUGUUUUUGUUCUUUGUAAAAGUGGCAGUUUCUUUAAAUACACAUGAGUGUGUCUAUGGUUGUUAUCCGUCUGGAAUUAGCAGACGAGUCUCCUUCUCCACAAGGUUUCCAGUACUCAGCUGUUGAAGGCAUGUCAGAGAAGGAACUGCAGGAGAAAGCUUUGGGUUUAGCCAAACAAACUCUGAGUGGGAAGACGGAUCUGGAAAAAGCAGCUGUACUGCACCAGCACAUUGGUAGCAGAGCCAUGGGGGACAUGGUUAUAGAAACAUUUGAGCCCAGUCCAGAUAAAGGAGGAGGGGAAGACUGUGCUGGUUCAGCAGAGCAGGACAGUGAACCUAAUGCUGCACAGGCCGAAGCAGAAGUUGUGGAGGACACUGAGGGUUCCCAGGACAACAGUGAGGCGACGGGCGCUACUCCUGACUCGCCCUCCAAGCAGCUGCCGGACCAGAUCUCUUUCUUCAGCGGGAACCCGUCAGUGGAGAUCAUCCAUGGUAUAAUGCACCUCUACAAGACCAACAAAAUGACAUCACUGACGGAGGAUGUAAGACGCAGCGCGAUGGUGUGCAUCCUGACUGUCCCUGCCACCAUGACCAGCCAUGACCUCAUGAAGCUUUUGGCACCUUUUAAUGAUGUCAUGGAGCAUAUGAAGAUCAUACGGGACUCUACCCCUAACCAGUACAUGGUUCUCAUUAAGUUCUGUACCCAGGCAGAUGCAGACAGUUUUUUCACAGCGUGUAAUGGCCGCCAGUUCAACUCCAUUGAGGACGCAGUGUGCCAACUGGUGUAUGUGGAGCGGGCAGACGUUAUAAGGUCUGAAGAGGGAGCCAGUCUGCCAGUGAUGGAGCUGACCGAGUUGCCAAAGUGCACCGUGUGCCUGGAGAGAAUGGACGAGUCAGUUAACGGCAUCCUCACCACUCUCUGCAACCACAGCUUUCACAGUCAGUGUCUCCAGCGGUGGGAAGAUGCCUCGUGUCCUGUGUGUAGAUACUGUCAAACACCAGAACCAGUGGAAGAGAACAAGUGCUUUGAGUGUGGCGUGCAGGAGAACCUGUGGAUUUGUUUGAUCUGCGGGCACAUCGGUUGUGGUCGCUACGUCAGCCGGCAUGCUUACAAGCACUUUGAGGAAACACAGCAUACUUACGCUAUGCAGCUCACCAACCACCGUGUCUGGGACUACGCAGGAGAUAACUACGUACAUCGGCUGGUGGCCAGUAAGACUGACGGGAAGAUGGUGCAGUAUGAGUGUGAGGGAGACACCUGCCACGCUGAGAAGAUUGAUGGACUUCAACUAGAGUACUCGUACCUGCUGACGAGUCAACUGGACUCUCAAAGGAUCUACUGGGAGAAUAAGAUCGUUCAUCUGGAGAAGGAGACAGCUGAGGAGAUAAACAACAUGAAGGCUAAGUUUAAGGAGACCCUGGAGCGCUGUGAUAACUUAGAGCGACGGUUCGGAGAAAUGGGCAAAGAGAAGCAGGGCAUGGAGAAGAAGUGCACUCAGUUGAACAGUCGAGUGGUGAAGCUGAGCCAGGAGCUGAAGGAGGAGCAGGAGAUGAACCGCUGUCUGAGAGCCAAUCAGACGCACCUGCAGUCCCAGCUGGCAGACGAGGAACGCAAAGCGAAAGACAGCGUUGAAUGUAAAGACGGGGCAAUAUCAGAACUGCAGGAGCAGCUGAGAGACGUGAUGUUUUACCUGGAGGCGCAGCAGCAGAUCGAACACCUGCCUCCGGAGGCUCGCAGUGAAAUCCAGGAGGGACAGAUCAACAUCGGAGCGAGCCCGUCAGACGCCGCAGGAGCAGGCCCGUCCUCUGGCAGAGGCAGGAGAGGCCGGGGCAGGAAGAGGAGGUAGGCGGCGAGUGAAAUCUACUGGAACAUGCUGGAAAAUCUCGCCGCCUCUCAGCGUGGACACAUGGCUGAGCUUUGUCCUUUCUGUUAACGUGUGUCUGCUACAUCAUUGCGGUUCCCUAGAAAGCACUCGAAGGAGAAACGAAGACUCGGCUGAAGACGCUCGACUUCUCGAAGAAAGAUUAAAUAGUGAUGAUAUUUACCUGCACAAUUCUCCACCUCAACGUUAAUGUAGCUUCCACAAGAAGGAAAGUGGAACAUGUGGGCCGAUGGCACGCUCAUUAAAGACACCGCUUUGUUGGUUUCCAAAUAUCUUUAACAUCUUUGUGAUGUAAACAUAUUCCCAAAUCUAAAAAGAGCUAUUU